AAAGAUCAUACAUCACAUGAUUUUGAGAUAAAUCUAUAUUUGUCCAGUAAGUUAUCACCUGACUUGUAGGUACAAUGGCUACACGUCUUAAGCGUAGCAUUGAAGAGGAUUAUUUAACAUGUUCUAUUUGCUUCAAUAUAUUCACCGAUCCUAGACAGCUAUCGUGUGGACAUUCUUACUGUUUUCAAUGUCUAGGGGAAUAUUUAAAAUCGACGACUUCUUCACAAACUUGUCCAACAUGUCGACAGGCAAUGAACUGUUCGAAAUCUACAGAGAUUCAAACGUGGAUUCAAACUUUACCACAGGAUCUUCUCCUCAUAGGGAUAAUCAAUGCUGUGAAAAAACAUGAUCCUGAUCAAGAUCACGAUGACGAUGAGACUAUCAAUGGUAGUAAAACAUUACAAGAAAAAACAGUGUGUGAUAAGCACAUGAAAUGUUUUGAAUACUUUUGUACUGAUCACCAAGACAUCCUUUGUAGUGAAUGUGUUUCUGAACUUCAUAAAGAGUGUGUGUCAUCCCCGAUAUCUGAGUUACAACUGAGAGCUUUAUCCGAGCUAAAUGAAAUUGAUUCAAAUGUUGUAAGACAUUUAAAAGAUAUGUCGGAAAUUGAACAGAAAGGGAUUUUCAAUUUAGUUUCGUAUCAGAAUAAAAAAGAGGAAACAUUGUUUAUUCUUUCCUCUCUUCGUAAACAAUUUGAGACGUUUUCUUCGUUGAUUUUGACUGAUAUUAAAGCAAAGGAAACCAGUCUUAAUUGGCCUGAAGUAAACAUGAAAUCAGUAUUGAAAGCUAUCAGAAUACAUCGCUCACAUUUAGAACAGUUUAGAGAUGAUAUUGUCACUACAACUCGGGAAAUAAACGUUGUUAAAAAGCAGAAAGAUGUUUUGGAGAUACAUAAAGCCGCUGAUACGUUACUCAACAAAGCUGAAAUAAACUACUCUUGUUUUAGAGAUUACAAGAUAUCAUUUGAAUCGAAUGAUAUACUGAUAUCGUCCAUAUCAAAAGUAAAAGAAGCUGCAAACAUAGAAAUAUCUUCCGAUUUGAAUAUUGAUUACCAUGCAGACGAGACACUUUCUCUGAUAGAACCGGAAAGGGAUUUUAUGAUGUACAGAAUACGUGAAUUCUCAGUAAAUCAAGAAACAAAUCUUUAUAGAUCGCUUUCAGGCAUAUGUCUUUUAGACAAUUCUCUAAUUAUAAUUGACCAAUACAAUAAUAACGCCAUGAAAAUGACUCUAGAUGGCGAAUGCGUUGGAAAUUGUUCGCUUACAGAACCCUACCAAGUCUGCAGGUCAGGAAAUACUGGGAUCGCUAUUACAUGUUGGGACAAAAAUAUAAUAUUCAUUUUAGAUACAGAACCAAUUCUCUCAAUUAAACAAGUAGUAAAAACGGAAAAACAUUAUCUAGGCAUCUCCGGUGCUGGAAAAGAUCGUUUUCUAGUGACAUCACCUGAUUCAUCAAUUGACGUCAUUUACACUUCCGGGGAAAUUUUGUUUUCAAUCGACUCGCGAAAGCAACGUAAUAUUUUUUCUUCGUUGUUUAGAAGAAGUGCAUCUGUACCAGUCAGAGCAAUGUUAAAAGAUGAAACAGUGAUAAUGUGUGAUUCAAUACAAAAAACUCUUGUAUGCAUGGACUUUGCUGGACGUAUUUUGUGGCAGAGGAAAAUACCGGGAAUUUCGAACUUUACAUGUGGUCAGGAAGAAAUAUAUUGUACACUUCCAUGUUCCAAUAGAGUCUUAAGGCUAACAUUUGAUGGAAACAUUACAGACAAUACGUUCUUAAACAUACGCCAUCCAUGGGCUAUUGAUACUCAGGGUCAAACUAUUGUAAUAACGGAAGAUUCACCGUCCGAGAAAUAUCACAUUAUCAAACUGGAAUGAGUUUAGUUUACUUGAACUAAUUAUUAGGGGUAACUAUGGUACUAUGUACAAACAUUAACCUAGUUCAAAUAUAAAAAUACUUCGCGAGAUUAACCGACAAACAUGUGUACUUUUUUUAAACGAUUAAAGUGCAUUUUACCUUCUAA